AUGGAGUCAGUCCAUGGAGGUAAAAGAUACCAAUGUGACGUAUGUGGAAAAGAUUCCACUACAGCUGGCAGUUUGAAGAGACACAUGGAGUCAGUCCAUGGAGGUAAAAGACAUCGAUGUGAUGUUUGUGGAAAAGAUUUCAGUCAAGCUGGUUAUUUGAAUACCCAUAAACAGUCUGUUCAUGGAG